AUGACUGGGCAGUCCAUAAUCCACAGGUUUAAAACAUCUGUUUACCUGAAAUUCUGCAACCUUGUCCAACUCAACAAUCCAAUGAGUCCAUUGCUUCUGGAAGGCAGAUGGAUGAAACACCCCGUGAUGAGGGAUGUACCAAACUUUACCAUCCACUCGAUCAAGUUGGCAAUCAGGUACCUUCUCAGCAUAGCCCUUGUGUAUGACACCUUCAAGAAAAGCAGCGCAUCAGCCAGCAUUCAGGACAGUAACUUGGUGGAUCACACAGCUACUGUACGAAUAGACAAAUCUGUGAUUGUGAAGGACUCGUUCGCUAUGGAUGCUCACUUAAAUCAGUCUUCAGACAACCAUAAUCGCGAGUGGUCAUUGGUUGUUCUGACUUUGGACCCAAAGGUGAACGUACAAGAACUGAUUGAGUCAAUGAAACAGUUCACCCAAAUCCACUCUUUGGAUCUGUCCUAUGAUGAAGACAAUAAUUGCAGAUCCAUUUAUGUGACUUUUGAGCAUUCAGGACGGGAACAGGAACCUCAUCCUGUGCUCCCCACAUACCACUAUAUUGAGCGGAAGACACUGCUUGUGAGCAAUCUGCACCCAAUGGUCACCGAACAACAGCUUAUUGAAAAGUUUGGUCCAUUGGGGUCCAUCUCGACUGUGCAAGUGUGCAGAAACAACAUCGUCUCUCCUGUGUAUGCCUUUGUGACUUUCCAUCAUCGACGUGAUGCAGUGCGAGCACAAAAAGCUCUGAACUUCACUCAUUUACUGAAUAAACCUCUGAUCAUCAUGUGGGGCCCAGACAAGACAACUGAGGUCCUCUCAGAUUAUGACAGCAGCUCUCAAAGACAAACAGAGGAGAGAGAGGCAGCUGGAGAAACAGAGGAGAAAAAGACCAGUGGAGAAACAGAGAGAGAAGCAGCUGGAGAAACAGAGGAGAGAGCGAACAGCGAGUCUUCAUGGAGAAGAAGGAUCUCCAACAAUGUGAAAAGUGCUGUGAAAGCCACGGUAAGCAGUCCAGCAACCUGGGUCGGAGUCAGCAUAGGUGUCUGUGCUGCUUAUGCCUACUUCAGGAGCAGGAGCUAGUGUGGACACAUUCUAAAAGACGAGAAGGCCUGCCUCACAAUCUCCACUCAUCAUCCCC